AUGAGCUCUAUUGAUGAGAAGCCUCUUUCAUGGUUCAUCAGACUGAUUCAUGAUACUUGCAUUCAUUUGAAUAAAUCUAUGUUGCUCCUCUGCUUAUUCCACUCUAAUUCUACAAUGAGCUCUAUUGAUGAGAAGCCUCUUUCAUGGUUCAUCAGACUGAUUCAUGAUACUUGCAUUCAUUUGAAUAAAUCUAUGUUGCUCCUCUGCUUAUUCCACUCUAAUUCUACAAUGAGCUCUAUUGAUGAGAAGCCUCUUUCAUGGUUCAUCAGACUGAUUCAUGAUACUUGCAUUCAUUUGAAUAAAUCUAUGUUGCUCCUCUGCUUAUUCCACUCUAAUUCUACAAUGAGCUCUAUUGAUGAGAAGCCUCUUUCAUGGUUCAUCAGACUGAUUCAUGAUACUUGCAUUCAUUUGAAUAAAUCUAUGUUGCUCCUCUGCUUAUUCCACUCUAAUUCUACAAUGAGCUCUAUUGAUGAGAAGCCUCUUUCAUGGUUCAUCAGACUGAUUCAUGAUACUUGCAUUCAUUUGAAUAAAUCUAUGUUGCUCCUCUGCUUAUUCCACUCUAAUUCUACAAUGAACCCUAUUGAUGAGAAGCCUCUUUCAUGGUUCAUCAGACUGAUUCAUGAUACUUGCAUUCAUUUGAAUAAAUCUAUGUUGCUCCUCUGCUUAUUCCACUUUAAUUCUACAAUGAGCUCUAUUGAUGAGAAGCCUUUUCAUGGUUCAUCAGACUGA